AUGCAUUGAGCAAACUUAAUCCAAAGAUCAUGAUAAAGCGAGAUUCAACACUUGAAAUGGACCCAGAAAAAGAACUUAAUGAUCUCCGGACAUCACUUGUUUAUUUAGUGCAGGAUUUAUGGUCAACUUAUGCAAAUCUCGAAGAUAUUGUACAAUAUUGCAAAGACAAGAUUAAAGACGAACAUUAUCAAAAUUUAAUUAUAGAAUUGGAGAGGGAUAUGAGAAGUACAGCUGAAAGACUCGAAAAAAUUAAUUAUCAGCCUACAAAUCUGGAAUAUAACACUAAUUAUGUUAUUACUGAGUUUGUUCCACGUGAUAUAAAAUAUAGAG